AUGAAUGCCAGCCGCGAUUUCGGUCGCAUACUCCGAAACGCAUUCCUGUGUGACUUGCGUCCUACCCCGAGCACCGGCCGCCACCAGAACUGCCCGCCCGCGUGCGCCGUAAUGUAUGCAAAACGGGUCGUAAAACCGAAGGUCGUCGUCAGGCGCGCGGCGCGGCGCGGCCGAGCACCUGCAGUGGCUUUUCGUGCGACGCCGCCGCGCUCCGCCCCGCGCAGCCUCGGCAGUUCGCUCAGCAGCCCCAGCACCAGCAGCCCACCCGCCCUUUCCUGCCCCGCCACGCCCUCUCCGCGCUGCCCACCACCACCUACAACCCUGCCCCCUUCACUACUCAGCCCCGCUCGCGCCUCUCGACUCUGCCGCAUCCGCCGGGCGCUUCCGCGGGCGCCCACUCGCGCGCUGGCGGUCCCAGCGGCGCCCAGCGCGCCCGCCCCCGCCCCCGCCCUUGUGCACGCCCCCGCGCGCGAAAGUGACAGCGGCGGCGCCGGACGCGGCGGCGGAGGCGGCUCCGGCGGCGCUGCAUCGUUCGUCGCGCGAGUGACGCGAGCCUGCAAGAGGAUGAUCAUGAAGUUCGAUUCGGUGUACCCCAAGGAAAAGCCUAGCACCAUCUUCGGACCCAAGCACACCAAGUGCUGAGGAGAGCGGCGGCAGCGCGUGGGCUCCGUGCUGGGCGUUCGCAAGACCCUCGCCUGCAGCCAUCCUCCGCCGUCCUCAACCGUCCUCGGCUCUCGCCCUGCAUUAGCGCUGCGCAGGAAAUUACGCAGACACCCCGGCGGGCGGCAGUCGCACUACUACAUGAAUAUUUAUGAAGAGGCGUGGGACGCGCUGUCCUCAUGCCAGUAG